AUGUUCCCUCCUGGCACACCGCCAAGCCAGACAAACCAAGCAAGUCAUGCAGGCCAGCAAAAUGAGGCUGGCCAUGCUCAGGAGGUGCUCCUAAAUCCAAACCUUCUCAACCCACCCUCCUCCUCGUCCCUCCUCAGCUCUACUGCUGCCGACAGCACCCUCAGCAGUCGUGCCAGUAGUAUCCACGGCGAGAGCGCAUCAAGCACCAUCAGCGAGUCGGGUGAGAGUGUCAGUUCCCUUGGGGGCCUCAACCACGUUAACGACGGCGUUGGUGGGUCCACAGUCCAGCGCAGAAUGUCAAGAGCUUACAGCAACCUUGAUGGUGACCUUCUUCAACAAGCUCAACAACAGCAGCAACAUCAACAACAACAACAGCAGCAGCAACGACAACGGCGCGUCUCGACCAAUCCCAUCACAAUUGAUACCGCAGCAGCAGCAUCAGCACCAGCUGCUCAACGACGAGCGUCGUUGUUGCCGUCGGCGACGAUCGUGGACGAGGACGGGGUGUUGCAGAUGGAGAUGAAGCGAGAAUCAUGCUUCAAGACCUGGCUCCGUCGAAGGGUGCCCGUAUUUGGAUGGCUUAUCUCGCCGGGUUACAAUCUUAAUGACCUCCCCGAAGACCUUAUCGCUGGCAUUACCAUCUCGACGGUCGUCAUCCCUCAGAGCAUGGCCUAUGCUAUGUUGGCGCCAUUGCCUCCCGUCUACGGUCUCUAUACCUCCGUGGUUCCCAUCCUCAUCUACUGCCUCUUCGGCACUAGUCGACAUAUGCACACGGGAACAUUCGCCAUCACGACCCUUCUUCUCGGCCAAGCUGUUCGCGGAUUGAUGGCCAAGGAAAGCUUUGCGGACUUCUCUGCCUCAAAUGAUUAUAGCCUUGCCAGCACUCUUCUCUACGACUCCGCGGCCCCGACGCCGAUUGAAGACCCAGAGUACGAACAGCGGUUUAUUGGCAUGAUCCUGAUGCUUUCUUUUGUGGUCGGCACCCUCCAGGUCAUCCUCUCGCUCCUCCGCGUCGGAGGAUGGGCCUCCAAACACCUGUUACCGGAUGCCCUCGUGGGUGGAUUCAACACGGCCGCAGUCUUUCACAUUGGGACCUCUCAGUUGAAACAUUUCUUGGGGCUCAAGAACAUGCCGUCGCCUCAGGGAGCGUUUGCAUUGAUCAAGUCCUGGAUCUGGAUCGGGGAAAACUUUUGGGAAGGCACCAACUGGUACACAGUCGGGGUGGGAUCCAUUGCGAUCCUGAUGAUGUUGGUCAUGAGAAAGGCUGAGAGGAAGAGGAAGGCCGCCUUUGAGCUGAGGUUGCGCAAGGAGGAAAUGUUCUUGGUCCAGCAACGACAGGCUAUAUCAGCAGCUAUUGUGAGGAGCCACGAGGAACAGCGAGAACAGCAGCGUCGGUGGCAGCAGCAACAGCAACAAAAGGGUGGAGAUGCAGGGAUUGGACCAUCAACUUCCCAACAAGCAGGAGGCCCUCUCUCGUCCUAUCAGGAUACAUUUUCGACCCAGGCCGCCUUGGCCUCCAACAUCUCCCUCAGGACUAUGGCAGAUGAAGGCAACCAGACUGGGAGACCAGGGCUAUCGAUCACCUUUGCUCCAGCGGCUACUGCGGCUACCCAUACGCCUGGUCAAGUUGAGCAGGCACUUAUUGAUCCAACUGCACCCGUCGCCGCGGCCAAGGAUCGUCCUAUCUAUAUUCCCAUCCCCGACAUUCUGUUGGCAGUCAUUAUUUUGACAGUUGUCAAUGUAGUCUUUUCACUGGACACCCCACGGUCCGAAGGGGGCAUGGGUAUUGCGGUCAUUGGAUCGAUCCCCAAGGGCUUGCCUCAGAUGGCCUUCCCCGUCAACCUCAUUUCGUCGGGCCCUAAGGAAUGGUUGUCGCUCGAGUUCCUGCAGAGGAUGAUCUUGCCCAUGGUCCAGCCAGCCUUGUUGAUCGCCGUCAUUGUUUUCGUCAUGUCGUUCUCGAUUGCAAAGCAGUUUGGAAAGCGGUAUGGAUACAAGGUCGAUGCCAACCAGGAGAUGAUGGCUUUGGGAUUGGCGUCGAUGGGUGGAUCGAUCUUUAGCGGUUACGCCUGUACUGGCAGUCUGACGAGGACGGCGAUCUUGGCUCAGUCAGGCGGCAAGACACCCUUGGCCAGUAUUGUUGGUGUCAUUACUGUGACGCUGACGUUGAUAUGCUUGACCUGGUGUUUUGAGCGGGUCCCCAACACGGUGCUGGCGGCGAUUGUUUUGGUAGCGCUCCAGUCGUUGGUAAUGCAGAUCACGGAGCCUCUGAAGCUGUGGAGACUGGGCCAGCGCAAGGCGAGUCUGAUUUGGACGGUGACCUUUUUGGGAGUCUUGGUUGUCAGCGUAGAGCUUGGAAUCGCAAUCGGAAUCGUCGUUGUUUUAUUGGCGACUACCUUUGGAUGGGCUACUACACGCUACCGAGGCGAGGACGACUCUGAUAGAGACGCGUUGCUCCAGCGCCAGCGCCGGCGUUCUUCUACCGGACGGAGACAGAGCCAAGGCGUCGUUCCGGGUUUGGAUGCCUCUGCCCGACGUGCAGGAGGUCCCGAGGAUGCGACCGAGUCCUUGUUGAACCAUUCUGCGUCAGCUUCGUCAGUGAAUGAUCUUGCGCCUGUUGAGGUAGGAGUCAGUCAGCAGAGGAGGAGACCUUAUGGCAGCGGCGUGCAUUUGUCAGCACCUGCUUCUCCGGCGGCUGAUUGGAAGAUGAAGAUGAUGAGGACCAAGUGGGGCCAGCGGAUAGGAUCCUUCCUGGGACUUGAACAACCCAUUUUUACGGACUCUCUUCAUGCCAACACUGACGACGAUGACUAUUGA